ACCGCGGCGAUGAACUUCGCGGUGGGGCUGAAGCCGCUGCUGGCGGAGGCGCGGAGCAUGGAGAGCCUGGAGAAGCAGCUCAUCUGCCCCAUCUGUCUGGAGAUGUUCACCAAGCCCGUGGUCAUCUUGCCUUGCCAGCACAACCUCUGCCGAAAGUGUGCCAACGACGUCUUCCAGGCCUCCAACCCGCUGUGGCAGUCGCGGGGCUCCAGCGCGGUGCCGUCCGGCGGCCGGUUCCGGUGCCCGUCGUGUCGCCACGAGGUGGUGCUGGACCGGCACGGGGUGUACGGGCUGCAGCGGAACCUGCUGGUGGAGAACAUCAUCGACAUCUACAAACAGGAGUCGGCCAGGCCCCUGCAUGCCAAGGCUGAGCAGCACCUCAUGUGCGAGGAGCACGAGGACGAGCGGAUCAACAUCUACUGCCUGCGCUGUGAGGCACCCACCUGCUCCCUCUGCAAGGUCUUUGGGGCCCACAAGGACUGCGAGGUUGCCCCACUCCCCGCCGUCUACCAGCGCCAGAAGAGUGAGCUCAGCGAUGGCAUUGCCAUGCUGGUGGCGGGGAACGACCGCAUCCAGGCUAUCAUCACCCAGAUGGAGGAGAUCUGCCACACCAUCGAGGAAAAUGGCCGUCGGCAGAAGCAGCACCUGGGGCUGCGGUUCGACGCGCUGUGCAGCAUCCUGGAGGAGCGGAAGAAGGAGCUGCUGCAGAGCAUAGUGCAGGAGCAGGAGGCCAAGGUGCAGCGUGUGCGGGGCCUCAUCCGACAGUACGGAGACCACCUGGAGGCCUCUUCCAAGCUGGUGGAGUCAGCUAUCCAGGCCAUGGAGGAGCCCCAGAUGGCCGUGUACCUGCAGCACUCCAAGGAGCUCCUGAAAAAGAUCACAGACAUGUCCAAGGUGUCAAUGAGCAGCCGCCCGGAGCCUGGAUAUGAGAACAUGGACCACUUCUCCAUCAACGUGGACUACGUGGCUGAGAUGCUGAGGACUAUUGAGUUCCAGACAGAGCCACUGGGUGAGGACGAGGUGGAUGGAGCUGGGGAUGGCAGCGAGGCUGCAGGGGAUGAGGACCGGCUGGACAGCCUGGAGGUGGCCGAAGCCGUGGAGGAUGUGGGGCCAAGGCAGAAGCCAACGAGCUCCCCCCAUGGUGAGACCCAGCACUGAGGGGCAGCAUCAGCACCCACCAGCUCAUCCCUGACCCUGACCCCCACCCCCGAGCCCCAGCCCUGCACUCUGACUCCCCAGAGGCCGGAGCUGCUCCACUCCAACAUUAAACUCUGAGUGUGGA